AUGCGUAACUACAUCCUCUCCCCGGGCACCCCGCCACUGCGCUAUGUGGUCCGACAGCAAGGAAGCCGACAACGACCGCUGCCGGCCGUCCCUCUCCGCCGCCAUCUGUCGACCAAGCCCGAGAAACCAUCGUCCGGGCCCGUCAGCGAGGACGUCCCGGUGUCUGAUGCGCCGACGCCGCUGCAGCUACCGCUCUGGCAACGCCUUGGCCCUCUCACGACGGCGGCGACGGCAUACGGCAGAGCCCACAGACGACGGCCGUGGGGCACGCAGUUUGCCAGCGCCUUGGUGAUAUACUGCCUUGCCGACCUCAGCGCGCAGAGCAUCAGCAGCGACGACCCCAUCGAUUCCAAGCGUACCGCUCGCAACAUAUUCAUAGGAGGACUGUCCGCCAUUCCAAACUACACCUGGCAAGUCAAAUUCCGGAGACGGCUGGCGCUUGCUGUCUGCCUGCGACGCUGUCCGUUCACGUUCCUGUCGCACCACUUCAACUACUCCUCACACAUCCUCUCACUCGUUGUCAAGAUUGUCAUCAAUCAAGCCAUCUUCGCGCCCGUCUUCAACUCUUACUUCUUUGGUAUGCAGGCCCUGCUGUCCGGUCGCACCCUCUCCGAGACGAUCGACCGCAUCGUCAGGACGGUUCCCGCCAGCGUUGUCAGCUCGUGCCAAUUCUGGCCGUUUGCCCAUGGCUUCAGCUUCACAUUUGUUCCCAUACAGUACCGCAGCAUCUUCAACAGCACUGUAAACAUCGGGUGGCAGACCUACCUUGCGUUGCUCAACAGGCGCGCCGAGAUGGAACCCAAGGCUGAGACUCUGAGCAUGGCAGAGGUGAUUGAAAGAGUCAAGGAUGUGGAAUAA